AGCUAACAUGCUAACGGCCAAUUAGCCAGCCCUGCGCUAAGCAGAAGCAAACAUUUGAUUUAUUUCAGAAUUAACUCAACCAGUGCGUCUUCCAGACGCGUGUAAAUAUUAACAAACGUCUGCGUACGGUUACACACGGGUAUUACAGCCGCAAAGUGUACGUAUAACAUAGUAGCUUGUGGUUAUGUAGCCUAGCUCGGUUAGCCAGCAAGCUAGCUCAUAUUUUGCAUCGGCUUGCCCGCCAUCUUUUUCCAGCAAGGUCGUACAAUGGGAGUUGGUCUCCUGGAGGGAAACAUCGAGCUGAAGAAGCGCCACAACUGACAGCUGGAGUCAACACACGCCUUCUUUCUUGCACACGCGCACCGACCGCCACAGAGGGACUUUUUUUACCUUGCGGUCAGACGCUGCAUUCCCACGUCGCAUUAGUGCGUCGUCGUUGCCCGCCAUGUCGGAUGCCCCUGAGGCUGUGCCCCCCAGCUCCCCUCCCCUCACCAACCCGCCACCCCCGGAGGUCACCAACCCCACCAAACCUGGCAGGAAGACCAAUCAGCUGCAGUACAUGCAGAAUGUGGUGGUGAAGACUCUGUGGAAGCAUCAGUUUGCAUGGCCGUUCUACCAGCCCGUGGACGCCAUCAAGCUGUGCCUGGCGGACUACCAUAAGGUCAUCAAGAACCCCAUGGACAUGGGAACCAUCAAGAAACGUCUGGAGAACAACUACUACUGGAGCGCCAGUGAGGCCAUGCAGGACUUCAACACCAUGUUCACCAACUGCUACAUCUACAACAAGCCCACAGACGACAUCGUGCUGAUGGCUCAGGCUCUGGAGAAGAUCUUCCUGCAGAAAGUCGCUCAGAUGCCUCAGGAGGAAGUGGCUCUGCUCCCCCCCGCCCCCAAAGGCAAGAACAAGAACAAGCAGCCACCUGCUGCCACCACAGUGAGUCAGCAGGCGGAGUCUUCAGCAUCGCCUCCCGCCUCCUACCCAUCCCCCUCCCAGACGGCAGUCAUUUCCACCACGCCCACAAAUGUCCCGUCCACGCCUCCUGUGUCCGCGCCACCGCCGCCGCCACCGCCGCCAGCCAUGAUGCCCUCCGCGCAGCCCGUGGUCAAGAAGAAGGGGGUGAAGAGGAAAGCGGACACCACCACCCCCACCACGUCGGCCAUCUCCGCGGGUCGCGCCGACUCCCCCACCGCACAGGACAGCAAACCGGCCAAGCUGGCCUCGUCCCGGCGUGAGGCCGCCGCGAGGCCGGCCAAAGUGCGGCGCGAGACGGUGGAGGAAGCGGCGGCCGGUGACAUCGGCAGCGCCGGCAUAGCGGCCGGGGGGAGGAAGGGCGGCAAACUGGGUGAGCAGAUGAAACACUGCGACGCCAUCCUGAAGGAGAUGCUGUCCAAGAAGCACGCCGCCUACGCCUGGCCCUUCUACAAGCCCGUGGACGCCGAAGCUCUGGAGCUGCACGACUACCACGACAUCAUCAAACACCCCAUGGACCUGAGCACCGUCAGGAAAAAGAUGGAUAAGGGCGAGUACAGCGACCCCCAGAGUUUCGCCACCGACGUUCGGUUAAUGUUCUCCAACUGCUACAAGUACAACCCCCCCGACCACGAGGUGGUGGCCAUGGCACGCAAGCUGCAGGACGUCUUCGAAAUGCGCUUCGCCAAGAUCCCAGACGAAGGGCUGGAGGCGUCGGUCCCGUCCACGACGCCAUUGGUUAGUAAAAGCACCGCCUCGUCCGACAGCAGCAACAACUCCUCCUCAGACGAGUCGUCAGACUCGGAGGAGGAGCGCGCCACGCGAUUGGCUGAGCUACAGGAGCAGGUUGGUGCUGCCGGCCAAUCACAGGUCAAGAACAUUCUAGUUUCCUCUUCUUCAGCUAGCACGUUAGCAUGUCAGCGGAGGGUUUGGCUAACGAGGUUUUCCCUUCAGCUGAAGGCCGUGCACGAGCAGCUGGCCGUCCUGUCGCAGGCGCCGGUCAGUAAGCCCAAGAAGAAGAAGGAGAAGAAGGACAAGGACAAGAAGAAGGACAAGGACAAAGGCGGCAAGGCCAAGGUUGAGGAAGACAAGAAGCCCAAGGCUGCCGCCCAACAACCCAAAGCGGCCAAUCAGAAGAAAGCGCCGGCACGCAAAGCCAACAGCACGGUGACGGCCACCAGGCAACCCAAGAAAGGCGGCAAGGCGGCGGGAGGCGGGUCCGCCAACGGCGACGACGGUGGCGAGGAGUCUUCCCUGCCCAUGUCGUACGACGAGAAGCGCCAGCUGAGUCUGGACAUCAACAGGCUCCCCGGGGAGAAGCUGGGCCGCGUGGUCCACAUCAUCCAGUCCAGGGAACCUUCGCUGAGGGAUUCCAACCCCGACGAGAUCGAGAUUGACUUCGAAACCCUCAAACCAUCCACGCUGCGAGAGCUGGAACGCUACGUCAAGUCCUGCCUGCAGAAGAAGCAGAGGAAGCUGAUGCAGAAGCAAGCUGGAGGCGGGGCCUCAGGAGGCGGGGCUAGUCGGUUGAGUGGCAGCUCCUCUUCGUCCUCUGAUGACAGCUCCUCAACGGGAACCUCCUCUUCCUCAGACACAGACUGAACACACACACACACACACACACACAUUCAUGUCAACAUGCAUCAUGACGCCACAGACACACAUUGUGAAGUUGGUAGGCUCCACAUGUGUAAUAAAUGUAUAAAUGUCCCCCCCACUGACUGUAUGUACAUACUGUAUGCUCGGCCCUUUUCUAGCACCUAGUCUUGCUUUGCUGGGCUUUUCCUGGAGAAAGACCAGGAGGGCGGGAAGUCUUUCACCUUGACUCGCCUCCUCACUGAAUUCUUUCUUCUCGGACGCCCGAGCCAGUCCCCCCCCCCACCCAAUCCCCCCCCCUGACCUCUGACCACAUUCCGGAAGCGUGUGAUCUCAGAUGGUUUGCAAAUGUUCCACCUGCUUCCUGUACGGUGCAUUCACAGACACUCGGGAUGUCAGAGUGUUGGCCCGGGACAGUCAGAUGCUUUUAUCCAAUGAAAACCUUCUGAGGUCACAAGGCCACACCCCUUUCAACCAAACACUACACUUCCUUUCUGGAUGAAUCACUUCCCGUUUGCCGCCCGCCUCCAGCAUCCCAGUCGGCCCCCCCCCACCCCCUUUGAGUCGUCACGGCAACCGAGUGAAGAUCAUGGAAAGACUUUUAAUGUUUUUAAUUUCUACUUUUUCAUAAGCGUAUCUUUCUUCUAACGUGCUGAUCUUUUUUUAAAACCACCUGUUACAUCGUCCCCGCCCCCUGCGCUACGCCCCGCCCCCUCCACCCGGCAACGCC